AUGGAUAUGACACUUCGCAUCGACGAUGAUAUCUGCACCACGGUUGGCUUUAUAUCAGCUGUUCGCUGCAUCUUGAAGCUGAAGCCUCUGGCCUUGGCAACAAUUGGAUUGCCCUGUGGAUCCUUUGUUUGGAUUAAUUCAGCAACAUCAAAGAGAUCAGCAGCACGUCCUUAUGGCAAUGAAGAUCUGCCACAUGUCGCCAAAGGCAACAAGAUUGCAGCACGGGUGUGCUUGUUGCUUCUUUUGCUCACGGCACGACGAGUUCUCUUCAUGCUUGAACAACCGUUUUCUUCCAAGCUGGAGUUGCUGCCGUUUGUGCGUGAUGUGUUCGACAUGAUCAGCGAGGUUAUCCCUGUACACAGGGUGUUCUUUUGGAUGGGCAACUAUGGACACUUCAGCUGCAAGGGCUCCCUAGCCUACAGCAACCUGUCAAUGCCUCAUGUGAGUCCUGACCAGUCUAGCAAGCACACAAUUGCAUCAUCAUCCUCAACUUCCAAAAUUCCCGAGCGGCAUGGGAAGAAACUUCAGAAGAAAAUGGUGGCAGCGGCACCAGCCUGGGCUUCUGCAGAUAUGGAUGAGAUUCUGCAAUUCCUCGGAGCAGAGCAGCUUCUGGGUCGAUAUCACCCGGUGGCUGAGGGAACUUCCUAUGAGGAGGCAAAUGCAAAGAAAGAUGAUGAACAAGCAAAAGAAGCCGAAGCAAACAGUGCAGUGAAGCAGGAGGUUAAAACACCAGCACGUGCAAAAGAGGAUCCUGGAGUCUGCCCAGUGGCAGGCGACCAGGAGGCAAGGACACCGAACUCCAAGACAGCAGCAGCACGAGGUCGCAGCGAGGAGCCCCGCACCCCUAAUAAGAGUGCAGGCAAGCUGGGCAGCAACAAAAAGGUCCGCUCAGCAAAGCGCCGAAGGGUGCGAGGCAAGACCCCGGAUGAAAGCGCAGAGACAGCGAAGAGCAAAACUCCAGAAAAGCUUGCAGAAGCCGCCCCGCCAGAGCCGAGCAAGACACCCAAGAGCAAAACGCCGAGUCCAGAAAAGCCUGCAGAAGCCGCCGUGCCAGAGCCCAGCAAGACACCCAAGAGCAAGACGCCGAGUCCAGAAAAGCCUGCAGAAGCCGCCAGUGCAGAGCCAGCAAGCAAAACCCCGAAGAGCAAAACACCGACUCCACAAAAGGCCGCAGAAGCAGACCCCGCAGAGCCAAGCAAGACACCGAAGAGCAAGCUAAGGACAGCUACGCCAGAAAAGCAAGCAGAAGCCGCCAGUGCAGAGCGAACCAAGACACCCAAGAGCAAAACACCGACUCCACAAAAGGAUGCAGGCCGCAGAUGGGACCAGCCAGACACCGCGAUCCACGAGCAAAGCAUCCAGGGCCAGUCCGAAGAGCCAGUGCAGUGGAAAGCGCCAUGGGAUCAGGGUUGGAGUGAAUGGGGUGGCCAGUGGUCCUACCCCUCAUGGAAUGGUACGUGGUCGGGCAAUGAUUGGUACGAGUGGAAGGAGGAAGAUGGUGAGAAGGCUCCUGAGAACAAGGCAGGCAAGAGUGAUGAGAAGGAUCAUGAGAAGAAGGCAAGCAAGAGUGAUGAGAAGGCUCAUGAGAAGGAGGCAAGCAAGAGUGAAAAGGCUGCAGGUGAUCAUGGUGACACAGCGAGUCGGGUGGAUGCCAUCCUACGCCGAGGACAUACAGUGGAUCAGUUGACAACUGAGGAGCUUCACCUGAUCGUUGGCCACAUCGACAAGCAAAAGAAGGCGGAAGGAUCUGAAGAUAAGAAGGAGGAGGUGGAGAAUGAUUCAGAGAAGCCCGAAGAAAGCAAGCCGGCAGCCGGUGAAACAAAGGAGGAACGAAGAAAGCGGCUCCAUGCACGCAACAUGCGGUAUUACAGAAGCCUGGAGAGUAUCAAUUGCCCACCUGAGAUUGCUCGUCUGGCACGAAAGGCAGUGGACGAGCCAGGGCAAAGAAGCUACAUGUUCGAGUCUUGGUUGGCCUCAAACGAGGAUUGGAAAAAAAGCUCUUUGCUGGUGACCCUUCGGCGCAAGGGCUCCAGUGCACGCAAAGGGCUGCGGAAGUGGAUGCUGUAUACCGAGAUGAUCACAAAGUGGGGGGCUGAAAUCGCCCUGGCAAUGAAGGAAUCAAAGGAGAGUGACGAACACAGGAGGAAGAAUGAAAUUCGAGACCACCCCGAUGCUUCACAUCUCAAACAAUAUCUAUGCUUAUGGGAGGCCUCUGAGGAGGAUUUGGACGAGGAAGCCUUUGAAACCGUCUUCUCGGUGGGAGUCGAGGACACAGACAGCUCGUCGUCGAACGAGACAACGAAAAAGAAGAAGAAGAAAAAGACGAAGAAAGCAAAGAAGGCCAAGAAGAGCAAGAAAGCCUCGAGCCCCAGCCCCAAAAAGAGAAGCCCGAAGAAACCCAAGGGAAAAGGCAAGGGAAAGGGUGCCAACAAGAGUGCCAAGGCUUUGACUGCCGAGGAGCAGGAAGUCCAGGAGACCAGAAGCAAUGCCAACAAGGCCCUGAAGAAAGCCAAUGAGAGAAUCAAAGCAGCUACAAAAGUGAAGGACACGAAUGCGAUCGAUGGUGUGGGACCUCAUCUUCUGAAAGCGAUGAAGGACGAUGUGGAAGCCCAGGCCAAUCUGGUGGGUGAAGCCCGCGCAGAGCUGCAGGCUGCAGUGGACCGAGAUGAGGCUGGCUUGAUGGCGGAUGCCACUAGCAAACUGAAUGCUGCUGUGGCGAAGUAUGAUACCAUCCAGAAGGAUCUAGAUUCUCGCGCCAAAGGCACCAAAGGUGGUAAAGAGCGGUCAGACGAUGAGGAUGAUGGUGACGCUGCCAAUGGGCUACUGCAGAACAUCCUGGAACGGGUCUCCAACGGUGCGGAGACUGUGGGCUCUGCUAUGAACAAUGCCCGGGCGAGCUACGAGGAAUCUGGCCGGAGCUUCAAGGGCAAGGUUAUGUCGAAACUCAUGACAUAUCGGCCUGGCAAUGAUUCGCGGGAUUUCUUCAAGAAUGUCAAUGAACCAACAGAAGUGCCAACGACGAUCUACGAGGGCUUUGAGGGAGAUCGCAAAGUGGUUCAUACAACAGUUCCCGUGCUGGAUCCACACGAGCUUUUGGACUUCCUAUAUACAGAGCUCAAACUGGAGUGCCCUAUGUCUAAAGUUCGCGGGUUUUGGCAACACAUGAUUGCCAAUAACGUCCCCUUCGCGCUGAACCAUCCUCAUAGAGCUGCUUUGGAGACGAUGCAACCAUUCAGCAUUUAUGGGGAUGAGCUGACAUUGGGGAAGGAUCCCAAGGACAAGGUCACGGGGAUAUUCUUGCAACUGACUCUGUUUAAGCCGAAAGCUGCUAGACAGGGCAUCUGGUUGCUAUGUGCACUGCAGGAUGCAUGCUGUAUCCACGACAAUCUUGCGACUCUGACUCCUGUGUUAGAGCACAUUGUCUGGAGCUGCAAUCAGGCGUGCACUGGUUCAUAUCCAACCGUGUCGAGAACUGGCUCUGCUUUGACUGGACUGAAAGCAAAGAAGGCGGGCCAAAAGUUUUCGGGUGAUACCCGGUGGGUGUGUGCCGAGCUAAAGGGUGACUGGAAGUGGCAUGAGCGCACUUUGCGACUGCUGCGGACCCCGGUGUCCAAGAAGUGCUGCUUUCUGUGUAAUGCCGAAGCAUCCGAUGCCCCACUUCGCUAUUAUGAUGAUGGUGAUGGAGCAGCAUGGAGGCAUACACUGUUUGACACUGCAGACUUUCUUCGGCGGGCUAUUCGGCCUGGACAAGUCAGCCCUCUGACUCUGCUGACGGGCUUCGAUGUAUCCAUGAUCAAGUUUUGCAGCAUGCAUGUCUGCAACCUGGGAUUGGUGCACACAGCAAGUGGCGGUGCAUUGGAAGCUUUGCUACGGGAGGGCCACUUCGGGCCUUACAAUGACCCUGACGAUCUGAAGGCAUUGCUGGAAACAGCCUAUGGCGAGUUUCAGGUUUGGCGCCGGGCCAACAAAAUUGCUUGCUCCCAGCGAUCUUUCGCGCCACGGCAUUUGAAGAAGCGGGUGCAUGGCUACUACCUGACGACCAAAGCUUAUAAUGCCCGCAUCGUGAUGUUGUGGCUGGCAAGCAAAUUGCAAGACGUUGCCCGGCAAGCAGCUGUGAGCCAGAGCAUUCGUGUGCAUGCCACGGCACUGACUGCCUUCUCCAACUGGUUCAGCGGCAAUGAGAAGGCGAAGCGCUUCUUGACCCCGGCCCAAAGCCAAGAAAUUUAUGCCAAUGGAAAGCUCUUUCUCAGAUGCCAUCUGCAAUUGACACGAAUGUCGCAUCGGCUGCAAAUCUUCUCUUGGAUCUUGAAACCGAAGUUUCAUGCCAUGCUCCAUCUCCUGGAGCAAAGCAAAUCAUGGCGUUACAACACACGUUAUACACAUUGCUUUGCUGGUGAAGAUGCAAUGGGCUGGCUCAAACGGGUCAGUCUGCGUGCUCCUCGCAAGCCUGGUGCAUUCAAUCGCUGGGUUAUGCGAAUGGGAAUCUUGAAGAUUGUGGCGUCAAAGCGUCGUUUGACCAGGAUGCUCGGCCACCAGUAUGAUCCUGCCUAA